AAAACUCAAAAGUAUACAGUUGAAGAUGAAACAAAAUUAUAAUAAUAAUUAUUCAUACAAUAAUAUUUAGCGAAAUAUCUCUUAGGUACAGAAUUAAAUUCAUCACUAGUAUGAAGAUAACAUUACUAGUCUCUGAACGUAUUUCGUAUGUGAUUUAAAGUAUGAUAAAAUAUUCACGCUCAAUCAUAUGAGUCUUAGAAUAGUGAAUCGAGGCUUACAGCUUAUAGUUCGUGGUUAUAAAAAUAUGGCUUUUCCCGAUUCGCCAGCUAAAGCGUCAUUAUGUUGCGAAGAGGUAGAAGGAACACCACCAACGCAGGCCAUGUACGAAGCUUUGAAGGAGUCUUGCCAGAAUAAUGCUUCCUAUUUUCAUUCGGAUGACAGUGAGAAUGGUCAGCGACUUUACCAAGGAUUUGUGACCCUCAUAGAUCAUGUGAAUACUGUUUGGCCUCUAGUGGACCAUGUCAGAAAGGUAGCACCAUUCUAUGAUUUUGACGCUAAGUCGCCGGGUAAUGGAUAUAGAAGCUUCGUGUCUGUCGUGGACUCCUGUGUACUGCAUGGUCUGAAACUUAGUCGACAGAUCUGCACAGGAAGGGAUACAUUGCUCUUUAGGAAAGGAUAUUUUGUAAAAGAAGUGGAGUCAUGCGGUCAGCUCCUAGCCUCACUGGGGACGUGCAUCACUCAUCUUCACACAUUGCUGUCGUGGGCCCCAACAGGAGAGUUAUUCCCCACAGAAAAUCAUACUCCUGAAGAACUAUUCUCCAAAGCGGACACUAUAAAUCAGUACUGCUUUUAUGGGAGAUGUCUUGGUUUUCAGUUUCAACCAUCAAUCCGCGGCAUCUUAAAGGGCAUAUCGAUAUGCAUGGCCGGUUUCUCCGAAGCGUACUACAGCCACGGCAACCUCAUCAGCUCCAUGUGGACCGGGGGCCAGUACCUGAUCGACCCCGAGCUCAGAGCCAGACGGAUCGUCAACAUCUCGCAGUCAGCCAGCGUAGAGUUCUGCAAGGCAUUUUGGUUUUUGACUGAGAGCGAAAUAAUGCGCCGAGUGCCGAGUUUGAUGUCAGCAACAGUGGCGGUGAAUAAAUUGAUGAUACUGCAACCGGAGCCUGUAGUAGUGACGACGUUGGAUGGUAGGGAGACGACGGUACUACCACCCACAGUACACAUUGGCUUACACGAUUUGGGAGCCAGACUCAUAAGUGUGAAUAAACGAAGCGGGAUGGUGGGUGAGACAUCGACACUGCCGCCUGCCGAGGGCGUCAUAUUCCAUUGUCACGGCGGAGGGUUCGUGGCCCAGAGCUCCAAAUCUCACGAGGGCUAUCUGCGCGACUGGGCCACUAAGCUUAACAUGCCGAUAUUGUCCAUCGACUACAGCUUAGCCCCAAAAGCCCCCUUUCCCAGAGCCUUAGAGGAGAUAUUCUAUGCCUAUUGCUGGCUUUUGAAUCAUUUUAGUGAGGUUGGUACUACAGGUAAACGUAUAGUGUUCGCGGGUGAUUCGGCAGGUGCCAACUUAUUAGCCAGCUGCAUGCUUAAGAUAUUGAAAGCCAAUAUUCGAAGACCUGACGGAAUAUUCCUGGCAUAUGCUCCUCUACUCGUCAGCUUCAUCCCGAGCCCUUCACGGCUUCUGUGCUUGAUGGAUCCUUUGCUGCCGUUCGGGUUUAUGAUGAGAUGUCUUAAAGCGUACGCUUGUCAAGACAACAAAGGUAAAGAGGCCAAGAAACCAAAUAAAGAGUUGACGACUUCAAAUGUUACAACCCCAAUGGAUGGCAACGGAUUUCUCAAGGUCAGCGCAUCGCAGGAGGGUAUAAGCGAGGGUGUGUCCUCGUAUGAGGAGGUCUCCCCGUCAGAUAUGACAGAACUUCAGGCGCACAAGUCCGGCAGCGAACGAAGAAAAUCCUCUGACACGACCAUUAGCGGGACCUCUUUACAAAGCGAACACACUCUAGCAGGUGCGAGCCCAAUGGAGGACAAGUCGCAACAGUACGUAUCAGACUUUCUAGACCGCUACGUGUUCGACAGCGACACGGACUCCGAGGGUCGCCGGUUCCCCGUCGUCAAACCGAACCGCCCUCUGAGGGAAGGGGAUUCGGAUGUCGAGACGGUUAGCACGCUGGUCGCGGAACCGGCCUUGUCGACAGACUCUGACCCGAAGGACGCAAAGAAAUUGGGAUGGCGGAUAAGUGAAGCUGCUACGGGGAUCAUGGACGCUAUGACUUCGCGUUUCGCAUCUAUCACAGAUUCCAACUCCAUCCCUGGAGUAGAACUCGCGCAGGAUGCGUUGGCAGUUGGAUCGAACUUGGAUGCCCUUAUAGCCCGCAGCCCUUCAGACGACUUCAUAUUCUCGGUGCCUCGCGAGCCCUUGCUGUCGCCAUACUGGGCCGAUGACGAACUGCUGAAGAACUUCCCUCCAGUUAGGCUUUUGUCUGUUCACUUGGACCCGUGUUUGGACGACUGUGUGAUGUUCGCCAAGAAGCUGAGGAAACUCGGCAACGAUGUGGACAUCGAUGUCCUGGAGGGAUUGAAUCAUGGAUUCCUCAACUUAUCGCUGAUGGCGAAGGAAGCUAACGACGCAUCACAACAAUGUAUUUCAAGAAUUAAACAACUACUAAACCUCGAAAAUGAACAGAAUAAAACACCACAAACUGAUUUAUGAACGAUCGGCCCUAGUUCGUAAUUUGUUGGCUGUAUACAGUGUGCCUGUGCCGAAUAUUUCGGCUGUAUGGAGCAAGUCCUUAGCCUUAGGUAAUCGACUUAAAAAAAUGUAUUUAAAAAGAGACUAUAGGAAGUACACAUUAAUAUUUAUAGUAUCAAUAUAGUACCUACACAAUAAUGAUAAUAAUAGGUGCAAUAUUUAGUUAAUGAUUGUUAUUUGAAGAUUACUAAAUCUACUUAUUAACUGUUAUACCUACUUAUUUUUUCGACGCAAGUAUAUUUUGGCUUUAUGUCCAUUUCCAGAGAAUAAGUGUAUUUAAAUUAUGGCGUUAUUGUUGUUUAUUUUAUAUCUCUGAAAAAAAAUCUUAAAAGUGUCGGAGAUUAAUGGAUAUAUGUAUUUCAGUAAGAUUUGAAAUUGGUUCAAGUAAAAUGUUUGUUUUUAUAAAAUAUAUUAAAAUAAUUUGAAUGUACAAAAUG